AAUGUUUUCGGUGAAGGCGCACCGAGGAAUCCCGGGUGUGACUCUUAGGAGGAAACUCGCCAUAUAUGGGCAAUGACGUCACCUCCACGUGCUGCUUUUCGUGAGAGAUUCCAGACAACAGCAUUUCCCGUAACUACAGAGGGGCGUGGCGGACCAACAGUCUCCCUUUAAGAGUUUACAACCUGAAAAUUACUUCCAGACUUCCGAUUUCACGUGAGUGACUAAGGAGCGAGAGGUGAAGCGAAAACAAUUUUUGGAGGUCUGAGGUUUAUCCGAGGAGAAAGUAAAACGGUGUAGUCUUCCUCGCGCCCCUUCCAGACGAAAACGCUUGGACUCUACCGAAUUACGGCAACACCGGUGGGCUUGUCCCGGAGUUUGAACUGACGCAUGCGACUCAUCCCGAAAGUAAGCUCUGAUAUACAGGAAUAAAUAGGACCAGAAGUUGGACUCAGUUUUCUUUUAACCGGAGCUGAAAGGAUGUAUCGAAACUUUGGGAAUCAAGGAAGAGGGAACCCUCCUUACAACGGGUCCGGUUCUGGAUCCCUGGGAAACACCGGUACUCCGACCACACAGCAGGAGCAGAAAUUCACAAUGGCGGGCAGCAGUCAGUUCGUUCCAAGCCUUAACGCCAUCACAACAAACCAGGACCUCCAGUGGUUGGUUCAGCCGGCCCUCAUGCACCCUCCAGGCCCAUCCCGAUCCCCCGUACCCCCUUACCCGGCCCACCUGGGGGUACGUCCACUGGGUCCAUCACCUUCCCAGUCCCAUAUCCUUAGACCCGGGGUGAUACGAGCUGCUUCAAACACUCCACCUUCCGCGAGGCGCAGGAACGAUGAACAGCUAUCUGCAGAGGAGCUGGAAAGACGCAGAAUAAGACGGGAGAGGAACAAGCUGGCAGCAGCAAAGUGUCGCAACCGUCGCCGAGAGCUGACGGACACGUUACAGACCGAGACCGACGAGCUGGAGGAUGAAAAGUCACGUUUGCAGAAGGAAAUAGCCGAACUGCAAAAGGAGAAGGAGAAGCUGGAGCUGGUCCUGGAAGCCCACCGUCCCAUUUGUAAAAUAGAGGACUCUGAUUCGGAUUCUGACCCACAUCCAUCUAUUUCAUCCUUGGGAGCCAUCAAAUUAGAACCAGAGGAAUCCAGCCCACCUGGACCCUCAACCAGACCACCAGUGAAGAUGGAGAAACCCAAACCGAGGAUAACCAUCCCCACCAGGCCCGUUACAUCACCCUUCUCUCUGGCCAUCUCUGAAUCCGAGUCGCUCCACACCCCGGUCCUCACCUCCACGCCGUCCCUCCUCUCCUUCACCACAGCUGGUCUGGUUUUCACCUACCCGUCUGCGUCCUCGGACCCCGGCUCCUCCGUCACGCCUCAUGGCACCUCCCACCAGCAGGCCCAGGCCCCACAGCCCUGCGGGAUCGCUCACCGCCGCAGCAGCAGCAGCGGCGACCAGUCGGAUCACUCCCUGCACUCCCCGACCAUCCUCACGCUGUGAUGGCUGCGCGGAACACUAACGCUCAUUUUCAGGCCAAACAACAGAGCGACACCGAGGGUCUCUGGGAAAUGGUAAUUUAUAAAAUAGGCAUUUCAAGAUGAUCGGUUGCUUCGUUUAAAAGCUACUCAUUGCAAAGUGUGAAUUCAGACAUUACAAAGAUUUUCCUGAACUAUAAGUGCUGCAGUCUGAAACUCCAAAUAUUUUAAUACGCUCGUCUGAAAUGCGGGUAGGCACUCAAAGUAAACAAAGCACUUGACUGAAUCUAAACGCCACAUGGAAGCUUCAUGUGACUGACCUACAUUAGGCUGAGGUUUAGAGGGAAUAAAUACAGAAUCAGACAAAACAGCACCAUUGUUGAGCUAUUUGAAGACACUAUGGCUGUGUCCAUAAAUAAACAAAUCUACGUGGCAGACAGUUGUUUGCAAACUAUGUUCAAGAACACACUAUUAUUAAAAAAAUGUGUGGAUUUUUUUUUGUUUUUCUUUGUAUUUUCUUCAUGACAUUACAAUGUGUACCUUUAAUCUCAGAAGGCAGUUGAUUCUUUUUCUUUGAUGACAGGAAAAUCUGUGGCAUUAUCAAGAUGUUACACUCUUUAGUUUUUUUAUAUAAAGUUCAUAUAUUUCUAGUUUUGAAAGCUAUAAGAUGACAUGAAUGUAUAUUUGAGUUGUUUGUAUUACUACCUGCAGAAAAAAACAUGAUAAAUAAUAACGUAGUUAUUUCUAAGAAGAAAAAGAACUACAAAUUUCAGCAUCAAGCAAUUUUUAUGAUAAUGUUUAACACUUGUCUAAAGUCCUCAGCAAGGAAUAAAGUACUCAAAACUAAAAUAUCUUUAUUGUUUUGUUUGAAUUUAUAACUUAGGCUGGACCGUAGAAAAUAGAGAUUAUAUAAUAACCUAUUUAUUUUAUUAAAGAGUGCAAUAUAUUUUUUGACAAUGUUUGAAUUUCCUGCAUAUGUGGGCAGUGCCUUAUUUUUAUAUUUUGUGAAAAAAAAGUACUAAUUCAAUAAAUAAAUACAAUACUUUG